AUGUCGUCAACAAAAACCUCGCGAAGAGAAGAUAAAAAGGAUACCAAAGCUUGGAUCUUGACGAUAGUUUUUUCCCCUUACAAAGCCGUUGAGAAUUCUAUGGACUGUCGCGGCUUCGUUUCUAAAAAACUCGCUAAAGGAGCAAUGAAAAGAGAAGCAUGGCGUCUAUACAAAAAUUCGAGAAUUAUCCAAGAGGCUGAUGACAAAUACUUUAAAGUAAGAUCGAGGGAGAUACAAUUUGGAGAAUCGCCAGGAUAUGAUGAUUAUAGAAGAGAGUUCGGUUUCUGCACAAUUAAACCUCUCAAACUGGAAUCCGAGGAUAGUGGAGAUGAAAUGCCAUCAGGGAUGGAAAUAUAA